AUGAGCCCCAGCUCCAUCUCAACCGUAACACGACCCCCUGGACACAACAGGAACAUGACCACACUAGACCUGUUUCUAGACCUGUUGUUAUAUAUAAUUGGCUUCCCUGACCUGUUUCUAGAACUGAUUCUAGAUCUGCUUGGCUUCCCUGACCUGUUUCUAGACCUGUUUCUAGAUCUGUUUCUAGACCUGUUUCUAGACCUGCUUCUAGACCUGUUUCUAGACCUGUUUCUAGACCUGCUUGGCUUCCCUGAACUGUUUCUAGACCUGUUUCUAGACCUGUUUCUAGAUCUCCUUGGCUUCCCUGAACUGUUUCUAGACCUGUUUCUAGACCUGUUUCUAGAUCUGCUUGGCUUCCCUGAACUGUUUCUAGACCUGUUUCUAGAUCUGCUUGGCUUCCCUGAACUGUUUCUAGACCUGUUUCUAGACCUGUUUCUAGACCUGUUUCUAGAUCUGUUUCUAGACCUGUUUCUAGACCUGCUUGCCUAUCUGUUUCUAGACCUGUUUCUAGACCUGCUUCUAGACCUGUUUCUAGACCUGUUUCUAGACCUGCUUGGCUUCCCUGAACUGUUUCUAGACCUGUUUCUAGACCUGUUUCUAGAUCUGUUUCUAGACCUGUUUCUAGACCUGCUUGCCUGUGAAAGCGCGUCCUCAGACCAUGCAUUUCUUGCCUUCUUGUUCUCCUCUUCUUCAGGUCUGUCGUUCUGUUCUACUCCUCUUCUUCAGGUCUGUCGUUCUGUUCUACUCCUCUUCUUCAGGUCUGUCGUUCUGUUCUACUCCUCUUCUUCAGGUCUGUCGUUCUGUUCUACUCCUCUUCUUCAGGUCUGUCGUUCUGUUCUACUCCUCUUCUUCAGGUCUGUUGUUCUGUUCUACUCCUCUUCUUCAGGUCUGUCGUUCUGUUCUACUCCUCUUCUUCAGGUCUGUCGUUCUGUUCUACUCCUCUUCUUCAGGUCUGUCGUUCUGUUCUACUCCUCUUCUUCAGGUCUGUUGUUCUGUUCUACUCCUCUUCUUCAGGUCUGUCGUUCUGUUCUACUCCUCUUCUUCAGGUCUGUCGUUCUGUUCUACUCCUCUUCUUCAGGUCUGUCGUUCUGUUCUACUCCUCUUCUUCAGGUCUGUCGUUCUGUUCUACUCCUCUUCUUCAGGUCUGUCGUUCUGUUCUUACUCCUCUUCUUCAGGUCUGUCGUUCUGUUCUACUCCCCUUCUUCAGGUCUGUCGUUCUGUUCUACUUGCCCCUUGUUGAUUUGUCUCCGUCUUGUUGUCUCCGUCUUGUUGUCUCCGUCUUGUUGUCUCCAACUUGUUGUCUCCGUCUCGUCUCCGUCUUGUUGUCUCCGUCUUGUUGUCUCCGUCUUGUUGUCUCCGUCUUGUUGUCUCCGUCUCGUCUCCGUCUUGUUGUCUCCGUCUUGUUGUCUCCGUCUUGUUGUCUCCGUCUUGUUGUCUCCGUCUUGUUGUCUCCGUCUUGUCUCCGUCUUGUUGUCUCCGUCUGUGUUCACCUCUCCUGUCGUCUUGUCAUUGUCUCUCGUCGUUAGUUUGUCCGUUCUCUCCCCCUGCGGUCGUUGUAGCGAGGUGGGUGUUGCGUUCUGCAGAGCUGCAGAUGGAGGAGGACUCUUUUAA